AUGCUGAUAGCAGAAACAUGGUUGCAGGAUGGUCUCCAACCGCGAGUCUGCGCAAGAUCUAGACGAAGGAAGCAAGCACACUUAGCAGAUCUCGAACAACAGGUGGAACAGUUAAGAGGAGAGAGUGCAACUCUGUUCAAACAGCUUGCUGAUGCUAAUCAGCAAUUCAAAGAUUCCACGACAAACAACCGCGUGCUCAGAUCAGACGUUGAGGCCCUAAGAGCCAAGGUGAAGCUAGCCGAGGAUAUGGUGGCUCGCGGCUCAUUGACAUCGAGCCUGAGCCAUGUUCUCCAAAACUAUCUCAGCACGCCACAGGACUACAUCAACAGCAUUCCCGGACUGAUGGGGAGCCAUGCAGAUAAUGGCUCUCCGUAUUCUGGGGUUGAUCAGAAUCCGGAGAGCUUCAGCAGCAACGGGGUGGUGGGAGAACCGGAGAUGUGGACUUGGGAGGGUCAUCCCAUUUCCAAAUGAAGGUUUAGGGGCUUUUCCUUGUUUUAUCCAUUUUAUGUUUUUGGAUGUGUUGUGGUGGACUUUGUGGUUCUGAAUUCAGUAAUACCUCAAUUUGAUUAA